CAAAUUGCACAGCCAGACCUUCCCCUUCCUCCGCCAUUGUCUGCUCUUCGCCCUUGCCUUCUUCUUCUUCUUUCCUUUUCCUACUUCCCCUCGUUGUUUCUUUUUGCCCUCCGCUGUGCCAGACACAUUCUUACAUCUUCCUCUCUCACAUGGUAGGGUUUCGCUUCUUCUCCAUCUAGUUCAGUUCUGGGCGAAGUGCCCAAGUCCUUAACUGCUCUACUUGGAGAAUUGCGUUCUUUGAGAGGAGGCAGUUCUGUUCCUAGCCACGGCUGCUUGCUGUGAAUUUAGCGGUUUGUGUCUUGGACUUAGAAUUUUGAGGGUGGGGCAUUAUGAAUGGCGCCAGCUCCUCGGAAGAUGGGCCGACGAAUUUAAUGAAGGAGUCGAAGAAGCCGAAAUAUACCAAGUUUACGCAACAGGAGCUGCCGGCGUGUAAGCCCUUGCUCACGCCAGGAUGGGUUAUGGCCACAUUCAUGGUCGUGGGUAUCAUCUUUAUUCCCAUCGGUGCUGUGACACUCUUGGCCUCCAAUUCAGUAGUUGAGGUUGUUCACAGGUAUGACAUGGAGUGUCUUCCUUCGACUCUCGCUACGAAAGCGGAUCGUGUGAGCUACAUCCAAAACAGUGCAGUUGAUCAUUCCUGCAAUGUUACUCUUACUAUCCCUAAGAGAAUGAAACCCCCUGUGUACGUGUACUAUGAGCUUACUAAUUUCUACCAGAAUCACCGUCGAUAUGUGAAGAGUAGGAACGAUCAGCAGCUUCGAGGUGACGAGGUAUCCAGCCUUGAUUCCUGCAAGCCUCUCGAUAAAGUCGGAAAUCAAACGAUUGUUCCCUGUGGCCUUAUUGCCUGGAGCUUGUUUAACGAUACCUACAGUUUUACCACCGCGAGUGGAGGUAUCCUAGUGGAAAAGACGGGAAUUGCUUGGAAGAGUGACGUUCAAAGUAAGUUUGGAUCUGACGUGAAGCCCCUAUUCUUUCCAAACAAUGAUCGGAAUGGUUCAUUAGGAGUGAUUGGAGGAGCAGCAUUGGAUCCGAACAAGCCUCUGAGAGAUGCCGAGGAUUUGAUAGUGUGGAUGAGGACUGCCGCGUUGCCAAACUUCCGCAAGCUGUGGGGGAGAAUUAAUCAGCAACUUGAAGCAAACCAGACGGUUACCGUUGGCAUCUCCAAUGUGUACAAUACCUACACUUUUAAGGGCAGUAAGAAGUUGGUGUUGUCCACCACAAGCUGGCUGGGCGGGAAGAAUUCUUUCCUGGGAAUCGCGUAUUUGACAGUGGGAUUGAUCUGCAUGUUUUUGGCGCUUGUCUUCUUCCUUAUCCAUCUCAAGAAUCCAAGACCACUUGGCGACACAUCAUAUUUGUCUUGGAACAGGAAAAAUGCCUCCAACAAUUCUAGGGGUUGAGUAGAGGACAUCAUGCCUCUCGUUUCUUGUCUUGCGAUUUGUGAGCCAGCAUGAGAGAAUGGGUUCCUGACUUGCGUUGUAGUUGUGCUGAUGCAUUGCAGUUAUUCGGAUGAAGUUUGGUGGCUACCCUGGUCUGAUUGUUGUCAUAUUCAAGAAUUUUCCACGUGGUUGCUGAAUUGGGGUUCUAUCGUAAUGUUGCCCCUAUUGGGAUCUAAUUCGAUGAUUCUGCUGGGAUUACUCGGACUAGAAUAAACUGAGCCAAUUGAAAAGUUUGUAGAGGGCUUUGCUAUUCCUUGAUUGGUACAUAGUAUCUUGAUUCCUUUGAAAGUCCGUUACAUAGUCCGGAAAUGAGUGCCCUAGUAAUUGAAAGAGCUUUUCUCAUGAUUUCCAGUGGAACCGUAGAUGACUGCCACUUGAUUAGUUGAAAUUCCAUUUGAAGGAAAGGGAAGUUGCUUUCCUUUCUUCAUGACAAUGCAAGGUUUCUUGUGCUUAGAACGGUUUUUUUCAGAAAACAAAAGAUUUACCUCUUAAGUCGUCUUCUACACAACCAUA